AUGCGGGCUCUAAGUUUCCUCUUUUCACUAGGAGGGAAUAACCGCAUCAUUUAUCUUCACAAAAGCAUGACUUCCAAGUUAGUUUGUGACCUUCAGAAUUUAGCUAGUGUUGGAAGUUUGCAAGAGCUUAACGGGUGGAUUAAUGUGAUGUACCGUGCCAUCACUAGUGCUUACUAUAAAGGAGCUGUUGGCGCUAUACUUGUGUAUGACGUCACCAGGCGUGCGACUUUUGAGAACGUUGGAAGGUGGCUGAGGGAGUUGAGGGACCACACCGUCCCCAACAUCGGGGUCAUGCUCAUUGGCAACAAGUCUGAUCUCCGCCACCUGGUGGCGGUCCCAUAG